AUGAACGUGCACAUCAUUACGGUCGCGCUCGCCGCGAGCAUCGGGGGGGCCGCCUCCGCGCAGUCGUUCAACGUCGAAUGGGGCACGCCCGGCACAGCCCCGGACGCGAGCUACGCCGCGCAGGGCCUGCCGGGCGUGUGGAACACGUUCGACGCGAUGCCGAACGGGACGCGGUUCCCGCUCGUCGGUCUCGACGGUCAGCCCAUCGCGGCGGACAUCGCGAACAUCGGGUUCGACGUUGUGGAAUCGGCCGACAUCCCCGGGACGACCGGGGGCGACGAGGCGCUCUACGACGACUGUUUCACGUCCUUCAACGACCCGAUCGACGGGUGCAUCUUCAUGCGGUUCCUCGAGCCGGGCGAGUACGAGGUGAUCCUCUACGGCAUCGCGCCGGACGACGAGGCGCUCCUGAGCCCGCUGCGCAUCGACCAGAACACGGAGGGCGAGGAGUUCGUCGGCGGCGCGUGGCCGGGGACGCACUCGGACGGGAUCACCUACAUGAGCCAGCGCGCGACGGUCGGCGCGGACGGGCGGCUCGACUACCACUCGGGCACGUUCGGCGGCAACUUUCGCUCGGUGCUCAAUGGGAUGCAGGUCGUGAAGCUCAGCGAGGUGUGCGCCGGCGACUGCGACCUGAACGGGACGGUCGAUUUCAACGACCUCGUGAGCAUGCUCUUCGAAUUCGGCAGCGAAUCGAUCUUCUGCGACGCGGACGGGAACGAGGCGGUCGAUUUCAACGAUCUCGUCGCGGCGCUGUUCCUCUUCGGCCCCUGCCCGUAA